AUGCUCAACAUUACGCAAUGCACUCAGCAGUAUGCAACACACUUGACACUACAGCAUGACUACACCAUGCACUUGACACUACAACACACAGAGCUCUGCUCCCAUCACAUUCUCGCCUUCAAGAGGCCAUUGUGCUUGUGCACUCGGGCAUUAUUCGUGAAGUUCAAAACAAAGAUGCGUUGA